AUGGCUUCGCUUUGGCCUUCACCGUCAGGGAAGUGGACGAAGAUCAGCUUUUCCGACGACAUCAGUUCCCGAGCGUAUCGCGAAGACGUGACGAAGUGUGUCUUACAUAACGACAGCGACGUCGAUAGCGACGAAGAUGACGCAUGGAUGUCGCAGCUUGAGAAAGAUUACGACAGUUCGCGACGACGACGAAAACGUCGAACUUGGACGAUGUAUGAGAGAAGAGUUACCACUGCUCUUAGCGUCUUUGUAACGACCACUGUCGUGUUGGCGCUUUUGAUUCUGUACAAGAGUCACCUUAGGUGAGUGAGUGUGAGUGAGUGAGGUGUGCUAUAAAUCAUCCCUUACUUGCAGCUGAGACGUAAGCUGAAUAGACAAUUCCCAUUAUAGACUAAUUUUAAAACUAGGCAAGGAGAUGCAAAUAUAUAAAUUACCACAGCUAGUAAUCACAAAUAAAUGGUAGUAAAGAUAAUUCGUCGUAGUAAGUCGUAUAUUAUCAAUCGUAUGAAUUUAAUACAGUCUUAGAAGUUGAAGACAUGGGUUUUAUGGUUGGGAAGAGUUCUCCUGAACCUAGUUUGAAGUUGCACUUGUUGCGGCUUGAAAUGCAGCCGUUGUAUCAAGACAUGAAAAUCUGUGAUUUGGCGUUGUAAACAGAGCGAGGACAAUGUCUAAAUUAUUCAUAUAUUGUAAUUUUUCAAUUCUUUUCAAUGAUCUAUUGUAUUGGUAGCCGUAGCCGUCGCGUUGCCGUCCUGAAAUCGUAAGGUCUCUAUUGACUAGAACACACGCGUGCAGUUUUGAAGGUCUCACCACCACAAAAACUAAAUAUAUUUUUAAUCUUUAGAUCUUUCUUCCGCAAAGACGAUCCCGUUUGUCUGACUAGGGCCUGCGUUCAGGCAGCAAACGAACUUUCAAAAUCCCUCAACGACCGAGUCAAUCCGUGCGACGAUUUUUACCAGUACGCGUGUGGGGCUUGGGAACGAGAUACGUCUAUUCCUAUUGGAUCCCCUAAGUUCACAUCGUUUCACCGCAUUGCGCAAAAGAAUCAGUUGAUCUUAAAGAGGAUACUUGAUCGUGGUGGACUGCAGACUCACAAAAGUUCAGCAGUCAGGAACGUUGCUACAUAUUAUACUUCGUGUCUCGAUCAGAAGAUUAUCGAAUCUAGGGGAGCAAAACCGCUGCAAGAUCUUAUCAAGCUCGUUGGCUCUUGGACGGUCACCAAUACGGCAUGGAAUCCUGAAGGAUGGAAUUUUGGUCAAGCGCUAACGCAGAUUCACAAACUCAAGAGUAUGCCGCUGUUCUACAUGUUUGUAGGCCCGGAUGAUAAAGAUUCAUCGCGCAAUAUAAUACAGGUAAUUGUGUAUAUUAUUAUGCGCGCGCAAUAAGGUUAACAAUGAAGCUAAAUUGACGACUGCCUAACAAAAGUGAUCAGUGUUUAGGACUCUUCUUGAGGAAAUCCUUUCUUUAGUUUUAUUAUGUUUCAUUAUUAUGAUUAAGCAACCAAUCACAGAAGAUUUACAGGCGCAAUAGGCCCUAUGCAUAACAUGCCAUUAGUCUCUAAUAGUUUUACAUUUGUGAUGGAGAAUAGUAGAAUUUUCAAAACUAUGAAAAGACAAUGUAACAUUGUGCGAAUUAAGACUGGAUGUAGCCUGCGAGUAGCCCUAGACUGGAUGGCACUUUCCUCAAUUCUAUACUGUAUAAAAUGCGGAUUUCGUAAACAAUCAAUUUUCAAUUUCAUUUAUUGCAUAUAGGCAUAUACCAUAAACUAAUAUGUUAUAUUUUUCAUAUGUGAAUAUAGACCAGAUCAUAUGCAAUCCAUUUAAAGGGAGGAACAAAAACAGCAUGGAAAAUUAUUUGAUGUAACUGUUAUCUUUUCGUAUAGAUUCAGCAAGCUGGAAUCACACUGCCAGACGAAGAAUAUUACAACCGAAAAGACAAUGACAAGGUACAUUAAACUAGUUGAGAGUAGAGGAUUCGUUGGCAGAAAAGGAAUUGCUAAACAAGCGAUUUUAAAGUGAAAACAUUUAUAGAUCAAUCAAAUCAUCAGCGAUGCGUGUGUGAGAAAUUCACGGGUGAUUAGUGAUUACGUACAACCAGCAAUUGCUAGGGUGGAAAGCGUUGCAAUAUCAAUCUUUACAGCAUGCUUUGAAUGGGGAUGGCAGUGGCUAUCUGCUACAAAAGUACCAUCUUGUUGGCUAAUGACGUCAUCUCUUUAGUAUGUAAUGCAGUCGCGUUACAACUUUAAAUCAGCCCUGACGAAGAUACUAGACUAUGUCGAAAUGUUGGAUUGUGAAUGUCAAUUGUAUGGCGAUUGCAUCUAUUACUUCAACUGGAAUAGCAAGCAAAAUCUGAUUACCGUCGAUAGCAAACUUCCAUAUCAAAUAAUAUUUGAGGAAAUUAGUCAGUUUUGAAAUAUAAUCUAAUUCAGGUAAUGACGCAUCUUUUAAUUAUUUUCAGUUGAUCGUUGCUUAUAAAGAUUUCAUGGUGAAGACGGCCAUGUUGCUUGGUGCCAACGACAAGGCAAAUGUUAUAAAGCAAAUGAACGAGGUUCUUCAGUUUGAGAGAAAUGUGGCCAAAAUUUACGAACCUAAAGGAAAGCUAAAAGACAGCGAGAAUAUUUACAAUAAAAUGACGAUCGCCGACCUGCAGCAAAUGGCGCCAUCGGUAUGUUGAAAGAAAUGUUGUCAUAAUCAUUUUUAAUUGAGAGACUAGAGAGGGGUUUCACACACGCGUUUGAAGAAAAUUCCCGAACAUUUGGUCACGCACAUAUUUCUACUUCCAUUACAAAAAGGUUUUUCUUCCAAAACGCAACAUUACAUUUUUAUCCUUCUGUACAUGAUAUUACUUGUUUUGAGGUAAGAUCAUGUUCUUAAUUUGAGUUAUAAUCAUAUAGAGGGAAAAAUCACUCAAACAUGAUUGGCUAAUGAGGAGGGCAUUUUUUCUUAAUUCAGGGCAAAAUUACUUGUACCUGAUUGGCUGAGACGCAAGCGCAGGAAGUUUCUUGUUUUAAAUAGCAAUAAAAACAAUGGUUUCUCGCUUUGUCGCUGCGGAUAAUGAUGUUACUGAAGAAUUAAAAACUUCUAGUGAGAACUCGAACACUAUAGAAAAAGUACAAAUUUAUUGGUUGGAGUGUUUAAGAAAUGGGCAGCGUUAAGGAACAUCGGCAAAGACAUGGAGACAUACGAGGUUCAAGAACUUGACAAGUUCACAAUUAACUUACGAAUAAAUUUUGCCCUCGAUGAUUAACAAGUAAUCGCAUAGUUCCUCGCAAAAUUAAGGUUUAAUUUCGCUUGUGUUUUCAAAUUAAAGUUUCACAAUUUGUGAAACUUUGAAAACACGCAUGAAAUUAAACUUUAAAUUUACUCGGCCCCAUGCGACUACCUAUACCGAAAUUUGUUCAAUUUCAAUACCAGCAUUAAGUUUGCUCUGCCUGACAAAGCAAGACAAAGGUUUGCUUCUGACAUUCGAUUUUCAUCUAAAGCUAACGAAAAUUGAGUCAAUUUGUCCUUGGGCAAUGUUUAUUACGCCCACAAAUUUUCGUACAAAUACGUUUGAUAGUUUUUGUGUUUUUGUGCUGACGGACAGACACACACAUACACACUUACAAACUAAAAACAUAACUUCCGCAAGGAACGAAAAGAAAUCAUCAACUACAUACGAAAGUUUGAUUUAGACAAGAAGAAUGCAAUCCAUUACCAUAGCUGGAAAGAGCAUCUUAAAAUGAGUAAAAUUACAAAGUUUGGUGGAGAAUUGUUGUAAAAUGAGGAAAACAUAGUCCUGUGAAGUUCGCAAAUUUUGUAUAUAUUUGCAUUACGCGCGGGAAAAAUAACAUUUUUCAAAAAUAACAAGAGAAAUAAUAAUAUUUUUACCGCGCGUAAUACAAAUAUAUACAAAAUUUGCGAAUUUCACAGAGGUAUAUUUUCUUCAUUUUACAACAUUUAGUAACCAAUCCUUGCAGUUUUACUCAUUCUAAGACGCUCUUUCUAGCUAUGGUGUUGUGUGGUGUUGGAUUUCGUUCUUCUUGCCUUGAUCAAAAUUUAGUCCAUAGCUCGAAUCACCCAUUAUUCUUGGAAGAAAAACUUUGUGCUAUGAAUGAAAUGGCUCAGUUUGAAAAAAAACUUGAUCAAUAUUUGUUAUAUGUACUCACGUUUGAACUUUAGAUUCCUUGGAUGGAUUACAUGAACAACAUAUUUAGCAGCCCGGUCACAUUUUCCGAGCCAGUUGUUGUCUACACACCACAUUAUCUCCGGAAUAUGUCCGAACUGGUGACAAAAACUGAAAGAAGGUAAAAACAUCGAGAUUAAUUCAAUGCUCAUUACAUAAUUAGGAUAAAUUAUAACCUAUUUAGCUAGAUGCAAAGUUUUAUGGUCAUUGCUGUUCAUAGAAUAUUUCUAAAAAUUCCAGGCGAUGUUUUCUGGUAAGAAAUCGAAUGGAUCGAAUUUGAUACAGUAUACAACAAAAAUUUGAUUGUUGGCUUGAACAUGAUUUAAAGGUGCAACUUUGGAUUAUCCUCGAUACAAAACAUAUUUUGUUUGUUGGCAUAAGAAAAUAUUAUAGAAAAAUGUUUAUCCACUUCUAAAGAACGAAGUACUGUUGUUUCAUUCUAAAGACAAGAUUUAGAGCAAGCCAACAAAACUAAAACUUUUUAUAUGAGAGGUCUGCAAUAUAACUUUUGUUUCGAUAAAAAUUAAAAAUAUAUGGUAAAUAUAUGGCAAAGAAAUCUAACUCCAUAUCUAAAACUUCUAUUAGAAAGUCCUUUAGAACUACAGCAGUUCACAGGAAGUUUUAAUUAAAAUAUUUAUUAACUUUUGUGCUCUAGAGUGUUAGCUAACUACAUGGUGUGGCAUUUGAUCAAGCCAUUGGUUCACUUACUCUCCCAGCCAUUCAGAGAGGCAUAUGACGCAUUUGAAAUGAUCGAGAAAGGAUCACAACCUACGCCACCUUCAACUUCUGAAUGUGUAGCAAGGAGCGAGUCUUUGUUCGGUUUUGCGACUGGAAUGUUGUAUGUGAAAGAAAGAUAUGGCAAGGAAGCUAAAUCUGAGGUAACGUCAUCAUAAUUACCAUCAUCAUCUUCACCAUCAUCAUUACCAUCAUCAUCACUAUCACCGUCAUCAUCAUCACAAUCAUCAUCACCAUUACCAUCAUCACCAUAUCAUCAUCAUCACCAUAAUCAUCAUAAUCAUCACCAUCAUUAUCACCACCAUCACCACAAACAUCAUCAUCAUCACACAAUCAUCAUCAUUAUAAUCAUCAUCAUAAUCAUCACCAUCACCAUCAGUAAUUCAUCACCAUCACCAUCAUUAGUAUCCCUUAUAUUAUUAUCCCUUCUAUUAUUAUAAAGACAACUUAAUUUCUUAACUUUUUUAGGCUUCUGAAAUGAUUAAAACUAUCAAAGAAGCAUUUGAACGAAAUAUUCCGAGAGCUGAUUGGAUGGACGAAAGUACCAAAGAAAAGGCUUUAGAAAAAGUAAGAAGUCAUAAACAAGAUAACUAAAUGCUAACUAUAUGACGAAACGAAACGGAUGAUGCAAAAUGAAUGUUUCUGUUCUCUGUAUUUUAAAAUAUAUCAUAUCGUUUUCACAUUUAGUUAAAUGCUGUCAUUGAAAUGAUUGGCUAUCCCUCCUGGAUUGAAGAUAUUUCUAAACUUGACAAUUAUUACUCAAAUGUAAGUCUUAUCCCAUGCAGAGAAAUUCUGACAAAGGACAGAUUGAAAAGAGAAUGAAAUGCAAAGAAAGUAAUUUAACCUGAUAUCUGAUUUCAGUUAACAAUGAAGAAGGAUUCACAUUUUGAAAAUUAUUUGGAUGCUCGGAGAUUUUAUCAUGCGAAAAUGAUGAGUAAACGUUCCAAGCUGGUGGAAAGGAGCGAGUGAGUGUGGCCAUUGAUUCGUAUUAAUGUCCUAAGUGUUUCUUGUUAAAACGAUAGUAUGUGAUAUAGCUGAAUUUUUUAAUUUCGAUUUCAGAUGGCAUCUCACACCUUCUGAAGUCAACGCAUACUACAAUACGCCGAACAACUAUAUCGGUAAACAAAAUUGACAUUAUGUAUGUUUCGCUCGCUACUCUGGUUUAAAUAAAUGAUUACAAAGCCCAGCGUAACAUAAUUAAUGUACCUGGUUGCAGUGAACGAACAAACUUUUAAAAUUGACACUAGUCUGGCCAGGGACGACGGAACGAUGUGAAGGCAAGGGGGGCAGAUUUUCGUGAAAGGGCACUUUUUAAUUGAUAUAUACUAAGAGAUGUUUACAAAACAUUGGGAGUUGAACUUUGCCUAGUCAUGCUUUCUAUUUAUUGGAUGAUAGGGGUGUGAGGGGGUUCUCCGCCAGGCGAUUGUGCUAUAACUGCUAUUCUUGAAGCUCGAUGACUGCAUUUCUUGCAUUUUCUGAAGCAAAUUCGUAAAAGAAUUGCACUAACAUUUCUGACAAUUCGCUAUUUCGCCAAGGCAAUCCUUUAAAUUAAAAGGGCACUUUUGCCCCCUUGCCCUCCUGGUAAAGGGCAACGGGGGCGACUGCCCCUCCUGCCCCCCCAGUUCCGGCGUCCCUGAGUCUGGCUUUGUGGUAGAUUCAGUUCGUUUUUUCAUUGAGGGAUACAUGCACGUAUUGGAUUCUACAGCGCAAACGGCAAACAUGCAUGUUAAAUAUACACACGUAAAAAUAAACCUACAGCAGACUGGUAGCAAUGCUGUUCCAACAACUUGUGAACGGCUUGUUGAUAACUUGCUGCAAGGUUGUUGAGCUCAACAGACCUGUUACAAGUUGUUCUGACAACUUGUUGUCGUCCUGCGGUUCAACAAUCUGUCAACAAGUCCUGCCAACCUUGUAGCAACUUGAUAAAAUAACAGCAUUGUUACGACUCGUCGACAAGCAUGUUACAAGUCUGUUGCGGACACAUUUUGUUGAGAAGUUGUGAAAUUUUACGUGUGUACGUGAGGGUUUAAUUCAUGUCAUGGUAAAUUAAUAAUAAUGUUCAAUGAUUCUUCCUAGCAUUUCCACUGGGUAUAUUACAGAGACCGUUCUUUGAACCUUCGUGGCCCAAGUAAGUCUAUCAGUUGCUUCGACGUUUAAUUUCAACAUGGAUAAUAAAAUAAAUUAUUUUAAGUUAUUUUACAAUCCAUGAUUUCAACAUGCACUCAUUUUUAAAUCGUAUCUUAUAUUGAAACAACUUACGGCUGAAAAAUUAACACCGAAGUACAUAUUUCUCUCAGGUAUUUAAACUAUGGAGCGAUUGGAGUGAUUAUGGGACACGAACUAACUCAUGGAUUCGACAGUCAUGGUAUGUUUAUGGGGUGUAAUGCUAAGUACAAUUCAAAAAAGACGGAAUUUUCCAUUCUAGGAAGUUGCAUCCAAUUUUCUAUCUUUCAUCCCUGUGAAAAUAUUGUUACGAAUGAAUACAUAAUUAGUCAUUAUUUGUUUUAUGUGACACCAAAAUCUCAAACUCAUUAAUAAUUCAAAAGUAAAUUAGCCAACCAUACUGCUUUAUUUUGUUCUCAUGAUAACACUGGAUACCUGGUGAAGUAUAUUGAUCCUGUCCUAGGCCGACCAUAUAUAGAUAUCUUGUAUACACUAGAUAGUGCAUCCCUGUUAGUAAAAUUGAAGCCAAGAAUAUUCCAGCGGUUACCCCCAUUUGAAUCAGAUGGCGGCCAUGUUGGUCGUUCCCACUUGGUAAUAAACGCUUAAAAACAACAACAACUUUGAUAAUUUGAAUGGUUUAAAAAUGUAUUUGGAAUAGGGUUAACUUAAUGUUUAAGUUCCGUGUUUAAGAAAUAGAAAACAUACGAAUCUUCUUAUUUCAUGGGAACGACCUGAGACUGCAAUCACGGCUUCAAUUUUUGAAUUGCAGAAUAAUUAGAUGCACUAUCUAGUGAAUAUAAGAUAUCUAUGAGGCCGACUGGAUCAAAAUUAAUUCACUUUAAGUGGUGAUUUAUUCGUACGAGAUGUCAUUUCAAAUCCCCAAUUCGGACUGGACUAGAUUUCAAGUCCUCGCAUUUUGAUCCAAUCCUCGGCUUCGCCUUGGCUUGAUCAAAUUGUGCGGACCUGAAAUCUAGUCCAGUCCUCAAAGUCGGAUUUGAAAUAUUACAUGUACAUAAAUUAUUGUUAUCGUACAGGUUUUACACCCGCCAUUCACAAGCUGCUCCAUAACAUAUCUGGAUCAACAAAUCUUCUCUAUCAAUAUAACUGCCCGUCACCGUGUGCAUAGAAAUAAGUAAUGAUUAAGGUUACAGAACACCUUUGAGUGUUAAUUUUGCCUAAAAUUUUUUUAUUGGUUUCAAUGAAAGCAUUAGACUAGUUCAGUACUAUCUGACCAAGUUUGGACGAAAAAUGUUGAAAACUCGCAGAGUUAUUUAAUAAAAUACAUUUCGCUUGCAAUAAGAAAAACAUUGAAAAUGUAAUAUUCAAAUUCGAAGAAUUUUACGGCAAUUACUGAUUUUUAAACGAGUUGUGCUCCUGCGGGUUUUAACGAAUUUUUCUCAAAUUUUCACCGGACAUAGCUAAAGACGUCAGUUUCAAAAUUGUGUUCGGCUUUGUUCUAAUUUUGGAUAUUUUAAUAAUAAGGAGCAAUUCACACAAACGAUCCAGAAAUAUAUUGCAGUCGUCAAAGAAAUCGCCAUAUCAACGGAAUGACGAAAUAAACAAAAAUUUCCGAACACAAUUUUUUGGAACAACUAUUUUACUGUAUAAAAAUGAUAUUUUCAUAAACAUAUCUUAAAACCAGCAGGAACAUAACUCAAAAGCGUAAAGGUACCGCGACUUAAGAUUUUCCUGAAUAAUUCUUACAUUAUUUUAUUGUUUGUCAAUUUUACAACUUUAUCAUAUUUUGCAUGCACUGGCUAACAUUUGGCGAAAAUUUGAUGAAAAUCGGACUGAUUUUGAGCGCGCAGUAGCGAUUUUCCACAAAACGCCAAAAAGGGUGUCCUGUAACCUUAAGUAAUGAAUAUUAUCAAUAUCUACAGGUAGCAAGUUUGACAAAUAUGGUAACCUCAAUAAUUGGUGGAGGAAUGGAUCUCUGGAUCGCUUCCAACAGCGAGUCAAUUGCAUGGUGGAACAGUACGGAAACUUUACUUCACAAGGAAAGAAGGUAUAUAGUCGAGAUUUUCUCGACUGUCAUUAGUUCAAAAAUGAAAAUUCAAACAUAAUCUGUAUAAUCAUGACUACUUUUCCAAAUUUGAAUCUACUUUUGAUGUAACUAGAUUGAUGGGACAAAAACCUUGGCGGAGAAUAUUGCGGAUAAUGGCGGACUAAAACUAGCCUUCCAGGUGCAGAUAGUCUUGUAAUUUUACCCCCACAAAACCUAUUCCGUGUCAUUUAUGGCACUACAUAGUUUCAAACGUCGCAUUUUGCAUGCAUCGAAUACAAUUCGUAUUAGAUUCGAGCAAACUACAUGCAAGAUUCAACGCCCAUUUCAAACGUCCAAUUUUGCAUGUAUUGAAUUCAAUUCGGAGACAUGUGAAAAUCUCGUUUACAAAAUAUUAAGGUUAAUUAAAUAGGCAACAUUUUACCAAGAAUAUACCCAAGAUCGUUCAGAGGAAAAUAUGCAUGAAAGCAUAUGUUAUGUACUAUUUAAAGCACGCGUAGGAGUGUUUUAUGACAUAUAAAACACGAAGCGUAGCGGAUUUUGCCAUUUUGCUCGCAUUAUGCGACUGCACCGGUCGAAUUUAAAGUUACGGUCGACCGUAAUUAGAAACGUCGAAAUUAAUCGUUUCAGACGUUCAUUGAAUUCGACACAUUUAAAGCCAAGCCUAAUACAAUUAUCAGUAUAUAAAUAUCAAUGUUUUAAUAGGAAAAUGAAUUCAUUUAAGUUAUCAUGAGAAUGUUAUUUUAUUCAACAGGCAUACAAGGACUGGUUAAAACGUCAUCAGGUUGAACAAAAACUGCCAUCGUUUGAUCUAACCCCAAAACAACUGUUCUUUGUUGCAUUUGCUCAGGUAUGUAGUGCUAAUGUCAGAAUGGUUCGCAUGUCGAAACGAACUUAAAAGCCACAGAAGCAGUAUAUAUAGCCCUAGCACCAGCUAUGACACGACCGGGAAAAGUACUGUAAAAUAUUAAUUUAACCAAAACAAUAAUUUAUUCCACUAUCUUUAGUUCAGGGCACUUGCAUGCAAAGGGAUUGUUACCGAAUCUACGUGCGUAAAAAUUUUACAGCUUGUCCGGCAGCAAGUUUUGUUCCCAAGUUUUGUUCCCCAGUUGUUGACAAGUCUGGAACAAGUUGUUAUCAUCUUUCAACAAGGUUCACGAGACCAACAGACUCGCAACAAGUCGUUCCAACAAGUCUGAUAUCGUCUGCACAUAACACAUUGUAAUUGUUAGCCUCUAUUAUAGUCUUGUUGGAACAACUUGUAGCAAGUCUGUUAUCCGCAUCAACUGUGUAACAAAGUGAUAAGGUGAUAACAACUUGUUCCAGACUUGUAGUACAACAACUGGGAACAAGCAGUGCGAACACAUCUUGAUAUCGGCUUGACAACAAACUUUGUUACAACUUGAGCGUUUUUACGUGUGUACACACGUUAAAAGCUCACAGCUUCUCAACAAGAUGUGUUUGCAAUAGGCUUGUAACGAACCUGUCAACAGGUUGUAACAAUGUUGAUAUUUUAUCAAGUUACUGCAAGGUCGUCACUCCCAACUUGUUGACAAAUUGUUGAAUUGCAAGACGAUAACAAUUAAGUUGUUGGAACAACUUGUAACAAGUCUGUUGAGCUCAACAACCUUGUAGCAAGUUAUCAACAAGCUGGAAACAAGCAGUGCGAACACAUCCUGAUGACAAGUUGUUGGAACAGCAUUGCUACAGCUCUGCUGCAGUUUUGUUACAACUUGUGCGCUUUUAAGCCUGGUUCACAUUGAUCGGCGAUGUUCUACGAUCCAUUGUCUGUGAGCAACGAAGAAGAAAAUGCACAAAACAUUUUAUGCAUCAAUGACCACCGACAAUGGGCAUCGCCGAUGUUUACGAUCAAUAGAGAGGUUAAGAUACCCGGUUCCGGUUUACGGGUACGGGAGAUAUACACGUACCCGUAAAUCGGGGAACGACUUGUAACUUAAGAAAUCCAAGAUAUUCCGCCGUGAGAAAACCAAUGAGAGAAUGGUAACUUUCGCUGUUGAGGUUCGCCAUAGAUUGUUGAAAACUUUGACGAGCAUAUGUGCAUUAGUAAUUUGAGUAAGAUGUUGAAGUUUUUUACUAUUUAAACGGCCCACAAAUAGUAAACAGAAAACACCCGUACCCGUUUGUCUUUUACGUGUAGACCAUGGUUUACCGCGAGGAAACGGGUAGAAAUUACGGGUAAAGAUGCUGACAUCAGCAAAAAUUGGUAAACAAAAUGGCGAUACUCGUACCCGUAAACCGGAAUCGGGGUAUCUUAACCUCUCUAAUGUGAACCAGGCUUUACAUGUGUAUUUUGUUGCCGUCAUCUUGUUCUCGCAAAUUCGCGCACCUAUUACCUAUAUAUGACUAUUUCCGCAACAUCACUCCCCCCUUUUGUUAUGCAAUCGGUGUCUUAUUCAUUUGCAUACAUUGUUAACUGCAUAGGUAUGGUGCUCUUCAAGCACAGAAACUAAAGCAAACGAAUCGUUAUUAACUGAUGAUCACAGUCCUGAAAGAAUAAGGUAUAUAUAAACCAAAAAUAUAUCUCACCAGCAGUAAAGCUCCGGUCACUCACUACGAAUAACCCGCCUUAAUUGAUGCUAUAUUUGUUGUGAAAAACUUGGCUUGCUUUCGUCGAAGCAAACUUAUUGCUGUUUAAAAAUUGUUCAACAAAUUGAUGACUUUGACAGCUAGGCGGCUUUUCCCUUGCAAGUCCUCGUAUACUUGUUCGAACGCCCGGCCGAGAAGAGCCGUUCCCAGUUCAAGCGUGAUAGACAUACUACGGCCAUGCAAAAACACAAAAGAAGCGUUGGAUUUCUCUUAAACUACACUAUAACACACGUUUACUCGACAGUAACAAAGUAAAUGCAACCUCUCACACAAGGGAAAGAGUAUUUCGAUCUUACCUUUGAGUUUUAGCCCAUGCACGAGCAAAAGAAGUCUGCGGUUUAGUUGUUUACUGCCAUAUCGCAGCUGCACUUUAUAAAUCCCUUUGGGGCUUUGCCAUGCCUUUCGAAUGCUAGCUAUCUGUAGUCUUUGCUUUGCUGUCAUUCAACAGUCGAUGUAACUCGUUUCAACAUUUUCCCCAUCUUUCAAAUAGCCAAGUUUCUGAUAAGAUCAAGUUUAGUAAUCGAACACUGAGUAACAAAAUCGGGGUAUACUUUGUCUUCUUGAAACCAACUCAUCGCUUGGCUAAGCAAAACCACUUUCUGUAUGUGAAGUAUUUACAGUAAAAUUUACAUCAUGCAUUGUUUACGCAUAAAUUAUUUAUACAGGGUGUCCCAAAAGUCCCCCUAUAGAAAUCACUCUAAUUGUUCGUUAUAUACCUUUGGGAAUUUAUAAAUUUAAUUGUACAUGAACAGCGGAAGUAUUUACAACUUCCAUUCGUUCAAAUAAUUUAACCUUUCGGUUUUAAUACACUUUGCGUUAACGUAUAAGUUGUUACGACAAAUACUCGUUGCUCUGUAGUCAGUUGAACCAAAUAUUCUUUAAUUUUAUAUAUCUUUUAUGUAUUUCGUUCGGUUCAAAAAUUCUCUUGAAUUUCAGUCAACGAAAUACAGCAAAAACUGCUUUUAAUGACUGCAUGCAUAUAUCUCUGAUGGACAUAAAGGAAUAUUUAAAUCAUUUGUGCUUCACACGCAAAAAUCUCAUAUCUUGUACCAAGUCUGCCAAAAAGCCGUCAACAAGUUGUGUUCGCACUGCUUGUCCCAAGACAAAUUGUCAACAAGUAUGGAACAACUUGUUUACAGUUGUAACAACUUUGUUGAUAAUAUCAGACAUUUUGCAAGGUUGUUCCAAGAAGUUCAAUACAAUCAUGAUAGUGUAACAGUAUUGUUACAACCAUGUUUCGUCAACCUUGUAACGUUCUUGUUAUAUCAUGACUGUAUCAGACUUGCCAGAACAACCUUGUAACAAGAUGAUGCCAUCAAGCUUGUUACAACAACUGGGAACAAGCAGUGCGAACACAACUUGUCGACAGCUUGUGAACAGAUUCGCAACAACUUGUUUGUAGACCGUGACAACUUGUGUUUAAAUUUUGAGGUUAAAGUUUCACUCAGUAGGUCAGCAAGCCUAGAAGUGUCAAAGUUGAUACAAAAUUAUUCUUUGCAAGACCUCUUUUAAUUAAAUUAAUAAUUACAUUUUAGAAAUUAUACUUUUUUCCCUCAAAUUUCUAGAGUGUUGGCUGCCGUUCACAAUUCACAAGAUUUCGCUGAUGCUUUCAAUUGUCCUCUUAACAGCCCAAUGAAUCCUUCCAAGAAGUGUGAGAUUUGGUGAUCAUGCAUCAUACAGCGCGGUUCAAAUUUUGCUAUUUAAUUAAUGAAGUGGUUAAUAUUUUCUUAGUUGUUUAUAUACGAUGUUAAAUUUACUCGUUUGGAACUAAAAGGUGACAGUCUCUUUACAACUUUACAAACAGGUACCAUUCAGUUUACACACAUGUCCUUUAUCACUUCUCAGUGUGACAUGAGUUUGAUAACUGCUUGUGCAAUUUUCUGCA